AGGUCGAUGUGCAGUUUAAACCUAAAGUGAUGCCGAAGGCUAGGUUCUUCAAACCAAGGCGCAAUGACCUUAUUAGUGAGAUUUCAAGUCCAACGAACGUUGUCAAACAUGUCCACGUUACUUAUGAUCAAGAAACAGGACAGUUUCGGGGGAUACCAGAUUACUGGAAAGAGAUGAUAGAAAACUCAAAUUUCUCAGUUGAAGAUAGGAAGAACAACGCAGAUAAAAUUCUGAAUGCUGUAACUGCCUUUAAAGAAUCUCAGAGGACAAAAUAUCUGGGUUUUGAAGGCCUAGAUAGCGUUGACGAAGAUGAUGAAUUAGAAAAGAAAAUGCGGUUGUUCAUUCUAAAUUCAAAGGAAGAGGUGAAGAAAAACAGCCAGCUUGCUACGCCAUCCACAGAUAAAACGAAUGCCCCGGAUCACGUUUAUAUUGACCGGAAUGGUGCCCGUACUCCGCCUGUGCCACCACCAAAACCUUCAGUCAGUGACCCAAACAAACAAGCAGUCCCUCUCCUCCGCAAGCGUAUUCGUAGGAAACUCACAGAUGAGGAAUUUUAUUCAGAAUUAGAAUCAGUAAUAACUCCUGGAAACCCUCGUGAUGUUUAUUCUGUGGAGAGUGAGCUUGGGACAGGUGCUUCCGGUACUGUUCGACUUGGUCGAAAUAAAAGGACUGGACAAAUCGUGGCAAUUAAAGUGAUGAAGUUGGAUAAACAACCCAAUCGUGACUUGAUUAUCUCAGAAAUCGCUGUUAUGAAACGUAUACGACAUGAAAAUAUCGUCAACUAUUUAGAAUCGUACAUAUUAAAAAAUGAGAAUCAAUUAUGGGUUGUUAUGGAGUAUCUGGAUGGUGGCGCUUUAACAGAUGUAGUCACUGAGACUGUUAUGUCUACUGAUGUGAUUGCUGCCGUUGUUCGAGAAUGUGUAAAAGCCCUCGUAUUUCUACACGAUCAAAAUAUUAUACACAGACAUUGCAGAUAUGUGACACUGAAGUCUUUUAGAAGAGUCUAUCAUUCUCAGUUACCGAAUUUCGGUAGACAAUACACAAAUGGGAAAAAAAGGACUGAAAAUUGCCGACUAACCUACCAAUUUAGAGCUUAGAGAAAAGGAGCAGAUGAGCUUGGCAGACUUGGAAGCAUAUAUAUUUUUAGGCUUAUGCGUAGUUAUUUCCUCUCUAACUAUAGACUCAUCAAAAAACUGAGCAAAUGGCAGUUAUGUAGCUAAUUGUCCUCUGCAUCGUAGGCGUACACGUGUACGUUAAUGUGUAAAACUAACAAUUCGAUAGUAUUGCGGAGAGCUGUCUGCUAGCCAAAAUCGGUAGACAGUAAUUUACGUCACUGUUUACGUCCCAAAUCUUGGUCAUGAGAAAAAAACAAAGACUAACUCAACAACCAAUAACAGCAGAUUUAGCGUGGUCGGAUACGAUUAGCAGAAAUAUCAACGGACUGCUUAAGAAACGGCAACAAAGGGAUGACAACAACCAAUCAGAAGACGUUGCCUCUCUACUAACAAUAACGAAUAAUAAUGUACAUAAAAAUAUAUAAAUAUCUGUUGAUUUUCUCAAUAAACGAUCUGUUGCCUGGCCCUUGUCUUCUGUCGUUACAGUAUGUACAUCUACAAUAGUGUUAAUUGAUGUGAUUAUGAACAAUAAAUUGCGUUCGAUACAUCAUCCGUUAGAUACUACUGUUUCGCCGUGUGAUACAUCAACUAAACAAAUUUAUAUGGAGGUACACGUGUACGAAAUAAUAGUGAUACAUGAUUUCAGUCCAUGCAGGAGUUCGGGAAGGAACAGUCAUCUCCCACUUAGCAAAGUGGUGUGUGUUGUGCCCAUCUUUAGCUUGAAGUCCGUAGUUGCCAGGUAACACUGUUUUCGCUUGUGUUUGAAAUUACUGUUAACCUGGAAUAUAUGGUUAUCUAGACAUGAUCGUAGUUCGUCCGUCGGCAUGGGGCUCCACAGAUAUCUUCCAUAUACUUUUCAAACUAUUUCAGUUUUCCUCCUUGAGCAUUAAAAUCACUUACUGAUAUGGUUAUAAAGGAUUCUUUUGCUUAUGUCAGCAGGCUAGACAACUUUCGAUAAAACUCAUCCUAACUGCAGUCAGUUUGUGUGAGCUAAGAUUAUAGAAUGCCAUCGAGGAGUACCACCAUGCUGUCUUCUUCUUCGGGAUCUGUUCAGUCGUAUAGCAUAAAUACAACUAACGACUGAGAUUCAGCUGAUUAGUUGGCUUGUUGCUGUCGAACUCGAUGCUAUCUGUAUACUAGGAAGUGCACAAAAACUGCUGACAUAUAGAGUGGAUUUCGUAAAUUUACCAGUUCUUGUUAAGCGAAUAACCACACUUACGUCCUGUGUCUCAGACACACUGUAUAGGUCCAAAACGAAGAUGUCAAUUUUGCCUGCUGAGGCUUGUAUAUAUGUGGCAUUACGAAAUUAAGAACAGCAUUCCUCCGACUGAAGCCGCUAGCAACAUUUACAGCAGAGAAAAGACGUUCCAGGAGAUUUUGUCAACAAUAGAAUAAAGGCAAGUAGAUGGAGGUGAGUGAGUGAACGGAGGGCUUUUGUGUGCUUUAAAAGUUGUAUUGGAAGAUGCCACUUCCAGGAUGCGUAGAACGUUGAAGCUGAUUUAUACUUUAAGCACCUGGAAGAGAAAAAAAGACUAGUGACUUCUGACGAGCACAAGAAAGUUUUUUGAUAUCGACUUCAUAGUCUACUUAGACUUAAAAAAUAUGAAACUUUGUCCGUACAGAAGAUGUAACUGCCAACAUCUCAUCUAUCCUGUUGUGAGUGCAAAUACUAGUCACCUGAUAGAAACACCUUGGUGCUGCUGCAUGCCUCUUCCCUAUGAGUACGUCUUUUCUCAUAGAUUCUCUGCAUGGUGUAAACACUGCACACCAUAAUGGUAACUACUUUUAGUCUAAUUGCAAUCCAACCGAAUUUUCUGGCAUGAUAGGACAUGUCGUAAUAUUCGUUCCAGUCAGCACAGUUCUCUGAGUAAUGUGCUUGCGGAUUGAGUGGUGGUAGUUUUCGUAUGCGGUUUUUAGGGUGAAACAGUUUUCUUUGGUUUUGUAGUCACCAUAGCGAACUAAGAUAAUUGUGGAAGAAGAGAAAAUAACCAAAUAGAGACAAAUGAAGAUAUCUGGGAGAUGAUAAUAAGCGAACAACUCGAAGUACAUGUUAAGAACUACAACCUCUAUCCGCAACUUCUUCAGUGCUCUCAGUCGGAAACAAUAAAUUUGAAAUAAGACAGCUGUAUUUUUUUUAACGAAAAAAAAAACAAGUUGAACUAGAUCACCCAUCUUUACAUGAUCCAAUCCUUUCUGUCCAAUCUAUCCAUAUUAUCAGGAUUUUUAAACACAAUAGUGAUAAAAUACGUGCACCAAGAAAACUAAUGUAUUUACUGGGUUCUCAUUCACAUUUUCUUGUGAAAGAAAAGGGGAAUAUUGUACAAUACAUUUCGUUAUAGUAAGUCGAAUACAGAGAAGAAUAAAAGUUUGAACAAAACAUAUUUUGUAUUUCAUCGGUUUCUCAGCAUGUGGCUUACAAUUUGUGAAUUCUAACAAUCAAUAAUGCGUAUAAAACUAUGACUUUUGAGGAUACACGUUUAGAUUUAUUUUGGGUACUAAGAAUGCCUACCACACCAUAAUUUUUCUAGUGAAGUGAUUUUAAUUCAUCGCUUUCAACAUUUUACAAAUCAUUUUGUAUUUACUGACAAUUGCAGUACUCCGCCUUUUGUGUUGCUUGUUUGGUUAUUGACUUAAUGGUCACACGGAAUAUUGUAAAAUCAGUAAUACAAAAUUUGCAUAUUGUAUAUAUAUAUAUAUAUAUAUAUAUAUAUAUGUCUUAAAAGAAACCAAGCUAAUUUACGAUUGUUUUUGUAACACAGGGAUAUAAAGUCAGACAAUGUUCUUCUUGGUAAACAGGGUCAUGUCAAAGUUACAGACUUUGGAUUUUGUGCUCAGCUUGGCAAUCGACAGAGUAAACGUCAGACAAUGGUUGGGACUCCCUACUGGAUGGCCCCUGAAGUUGUUUCAAAGACAGCAAAUUAUGGACCUAAAAUCGAUAUAUGGUCACUUGGAAUAAUGAUAAUUGAAAUGUUAGAUGGAGAACCGCCGUACAUGAAUGAACCUCCACUUAAGGCUAUAUACCUCAUUCAAACUAUGGGAAAGCCUAAACCUAAAACCAAGUGCCUGCAUCCAAUGCUACAAGACUUUUUGGAUAAAUGCUUAGUUGUAGAUCCCCUCAAACGAGCCUCUGCACGUGAACUUUUAAACCACGAAUUCUUCAAGUACGCAGGUAAUUUAUCCUCUCUCGGACCUCUUAUACGUGCUGCGCGAGAAAGUUUGGGAAAGAAGGAGUAAUGAUAGUGAUAUUCGAAGCGUUCAGCAGAAUACAUGACGGAGUUGUGCAAAAUCAUGGUGAUCUGGGACUUCUCCAAACACGUAUCUUCAUGAAAAGUAUAAUCUCAGAAACAAUUUUCAAC